AAAAUUCGCUCAGGAUUUCGACAAAAAAAAACAACAACAACAACAAAGUUCGAAACCAUCUGCUUUUAGCGGAGCUGAUUUGAGCGGAUAACGCCUUGAAGUUCAAGUUAUGUAAAAUUUUGUUGCUUCUCGCCUCUUUAAAAAAAAAAAAAAAAAACUCUAAAAUACAAUUUUUUUCGUUCAGAUAUGUUGAAAGAGCAUUAAUUCCAAAAACUCGACUCCCGGAGGUCUUGUGGGCAAAAAUAUUUACUACCUCUUUCACAUAUCAAACUAAUUUGUUUCUUUGCGAACAAACAAAAUAACAGCUAAAAUGAGAGAUUGAUGUGUUUUGUACACAUACAGUCCGUCAAAACUUAAUCACAUAUGAUUUCUUUGACAACCGAACGUGAUCACGACUUGCUAAACAAAGAAGACAAUGUCAUUUUGCAACUCACUCUAACUUUUUUGGCGGUAUGGCUGACGAGCUUAACUUACGAAGUGUUUUUUGGACCGUCUUGGAAGCCAGCUUUAUGAUUUUAUUAAAUGUGUUAUCCCUGUUGGGAAAUGUUUUAGUCUGUAUCUCUGUUUACAGAAAUACAAGACUUCGUACCUCGACCAACGUCUACAAUGUCGCUUUGGCCAUCAGCGAUUUGUUGUCCGCCAUUUUUGUUAUGCCUCUGGCUACCGGGGUGCUUAUUUCAGGCAGAUGGCCUUUUGGAGGAACAGUUUGCCAGAUGCACGCCUUCAUGGCCCAAUUUGUCGUCUAUGUUUCACCUAUUACCAUGGGUUUGACGGCAAUUAACAGAUAUGUGAGAAUAUGCAAGUCGGAUCAACAAUAUAAGAGAUUCUUUCCGAACAGAAAAUCUCUCAUUUUAAUCGUUUCCGCGUGGAUGUUUGUUGCCUGUUACAUUUUGACCGUGCGUCUUACGGGCUUACAAGAUUUUCACUUCGUGCCUGGCUAUGCAGUGUGCAUGAACGUACAUCUACGAGAAUUUGGCAACAUUGUCCGUUACUUUCUUGUCGUUGGCUUGUUUUUACUCUUCCCGCUAAUUGUUAUUGUAUUCAGCUACAGGAAGGUUUCAAAACACAUCCGGAAAUACAAUAUGGGAGUGUUACAAUCUCUUCCAAGCAACAAUCGGGAUGUGACGGGGGUCAGCACACAUGAAACUCUUAUUUGCAGAUCUCUGGUUGUCAUCGUUUUCGCGUUUAUGCUGUGUUGGAUACCCGCGUGGGUCAUUGCCAUUUUAGCGCGCUUCCAUGUCAUAGCCAGAAUGCCACGAGAUAUCCAGUUGUUAUGUACUUUCCUCGUCAAUAUGUCAUGCACCCUAAAUCCUUUCAUCUGCAGGAAUGAAUCCCCUCUUUAGGCGAGAAUUUCGACGACUGCUCCUCUGUAAAGCUGGUGAGAGGAUCGAGGACAGCAACGGGUCCACUCGAACGGCCUAACAAUAAAAGCUAUUAUUCUGAGUUAAGUCAGAAAUUUAAUUCGGGCAUUUUACUUUCAAAUUUUCGCAGUUUACAAUCUGUCUUUAAUCUUACACAGUCCUCUACUAACUUAGAUACUGAUAACUUGGAGAUUUCUUCGACUUAAAAGUAACUUCGCACAUCGGAGAAAUGGCCGCUUAAUAUACUGCUCUUUUAAGGUGGCCAACAAUAGUUUGCUGCUUUUUUAGCUCUUCUACUUUAAUGUAUCAAUACUACCAUCCUUGUUAAGUUUAAGCUUUAA